CGAUGUCUAGCGUGCAAGUGUCUCCGUUUGUGAAGCAGUUGGCUUCUAACAAUAGGAAGGUCAGAGAAAAUGCGUUGGACUCCUUGAAGAAAUACAUGGCCACCAAGAAAUUCAUGUCCAAUUCUCAAAUACAAUUUGAUCAGCUGUGGAAGGGGCUAUAUUAUUCUAUGUGGUUUAGCGACAGACCAAGACCACAGCAAAGACUCUCAAACGAGUUGGGUGAAUUGUACCUUUUAUAUUUGGGAAACAAGGAUGUACAACUGAGUGACAAAGCAUUCAUCAGGUUCUCCAAGGCGUUUUGGAAGGUUAUCUGUCUGGAAUGGUAUAGCAUCGAUCAUCACAGGUUAGACAAGUACCUUUUGUUGAUGAGAAGAGUGUUAUACAACCAAUUGAAGUACCUGAGGGAAAGAGAGUGGGACGAUGUGUUGGUCGAUAAGUACGUCAUAAAUGUACUGGGUAAACUGCCAUUAAGUGGGGAUAGGAAGGUAUACAAUGGUAUUCCCUUUCACAUAAUCGAUAUAUUUGUCGAUGAAUGGGAAAAGUUAGUUCUGAGGAAUGGGAAAGAGGCCGAUGAAGUCGAGGACAACGAUAUAGAUGAUGAAACUGAAAUAGAACUUAUAAGUCAGACUCCCCUUCCAAAGUUCAUCGCUCUGUUGCAGAGCCUAUCUAGUGACAUCACAAAUAUCAAGGUUUUGAGAGAAAAGAUCAAGGAAGAUGUGUUAGCCGACCCCAGACUGUAUAAGUGGGGGGUUUUAACAGAGAAGGAUAAUGAAAACCAUGAAGAUGAAGUGGAAGAAGAAGAAUGGAAAGGUUUCUAA